UCAAGUCCUAGAAAGUUUCAUUAACCCAGCUGUGCACAGUUGCACACCAAACCAAACCAAACCAAACCAACCCUUUAGUUAGUCCCUUGCAGUAGUGUCACCUUUGUUUAAACCACAACACUCUUUCUUCUUUCUUUCUUUCUCUCUGCACUUUUUUUUCUCUCUCGCCAUUACUCUCUCUGACACCUGCACCUUCGUUUUCUGUGUUCAAAGUGAUGAAAGAGGUGACGGUUGAAGCUGAUGGAGGGCAGGGAGGAGCACAGGGCGUGCAAGAGGGUGGAAAGGGCACGGUGAGACCAGACAUACACAACAGGGCCAUGAAGAUUUUAAGGGCAAGAGAACCUUAUAAUGGGUACGAGGAAGUGGGGGAGAAGCCCUCUGGGUUUGAAGUUAUGGGAUGGUACCUUUACGAGUUUUGCUUCUACUUUGUUCAAACUGUGCUUGUUCCUGUUGUGUUUCCUCUCAUAAUCAGUCAGCUACAGCGUCUCCCCACAGAUUCGCUUCAGGAAUGGGCCAAAAACCACCCAGCCAAGCACUGCACACAAAAGGAAAUUCAUCUGUAUAGCAAACUCACAAAUCACACCAUAAGAACAAGUGGUGGAUCAAAUUUCUCCUCUUUGGAGUGGACAUCGAUUGCUUGGGCCACUGGUCUAGCUUUGGCUGCUCCAAUUCUAGGGUUCAUUUCCUUCCAUCUUGAUGGCCAUUUCCCAAAGCUCAUCACAGCAGCAGCCACCGGCAUCGGAGUUUUCUUCUGUCUCCCUGCAGGCUUCUUCAAAGUCACUGCCAUAUUCGUUCCCUACAUUGCAGGCAUUGUUGCAGCCAGCACAGUUGCCAAUGCUGCUCACACCCACCACCUCGGACUCAUGAUCCGUUGUUUCACAGGACCAACCCUCAAGAGAAGCCAAUUCUCUCUCAGACAAGCAGUCUCCAGCAGACUCUCCCUCCACGCCACGGCGGCCGGAUGCCUUGGCGCCGCCAUAAUCUCCUCCUUCACAUACCACAUGCUCCGGGAGCUCAACGACAACGACCGUGAUGUGAUGAGUCUUUGGGUUGUUUCAAUCUUCAGUGGCCUGAUAUGGCUUGUGGGGGUGUUGCACAUUGUCACAUCCAUCAGCAGAACCACCGAUUCCAUCUCUUUCUCCUCAAGGCUCCACCCUUUUUCCAUCUUCAAGUACCCUCAUGCCAUUGGAGGCCUUGCAGGGGUUUUCCUCUCCUCAUUCACCACCAUGUCGAUUUUCACUGGGGGAGUGAUUUUCAUAGUGGGACAACUCUGCAUUAAGCCACUGCACUUGCUCUAUUUCUGGCUAACUUACUUUCUUUUCCCUCUUGUUUCUCUGUCUCUGCUACAACCCUUGCUGCACGUGAUCAAGAUGAACUCUGUGAAAAUGCAGAUAGUGGGGUUCCUUCUGUCUCUCUUGUCAUCUGGGUUUGGAUUCUACUACGGUAACAGCCACUGGAAAUGGGGUCACUUGGUGUUGUUUGGUGCAGUUCAGAGCACAGCAACAGGGAUUCUGUAUGCUUUUGGGAGGCUGUUGGUGUUGGACUGUGCUCCCUCGGGGAAAGAAGGUGCGUUCUCGAUCUGGUAUGCUUGGAUGAGAGCUGCAGGGUUGUGCGUGGGGUUCACGGUGGGGUCGGUGGCGCCGGGGCGGAUUAGGACUUCGUUCGGAGCUGCGUUUUGCACUGCCAUUGCUGGAAUCGUGGUGCUGCUAUUCGGGAACAUCAGUGACGUGGGAGGUGCUGUUGCUGCGGGGCAUGUCAGAGAAGAAUGUGAGAGAAGUUCUUCGAGUGUGGCUGGCUUGGAUUCUAAAGAAUCUGCACGCGUUUGAAUAAGGAAAAGUGAGGAAGAAGAAGAAUAGUGUUGUGUUGAUGAUUCUUUGCAAAUGAUGUUAGUGCAUGCAAGAGUAUAAGGUUUUUAUUUUAUGAUUGAUUUUAGAUGUAUUCUGGUAGUUAAUUGCUGUUGUUGUGCAUGCAUGCAUGAUGUUUGGUCUCUGUUGAGGAUUUGGGUGCUGAUGGCAUGUGUAACUGUGUUAUAGUAUUUUGUCAUAUUUGUCUCUCUUAUACAUCAUUUCUGCA